CAGUCAAGAUCGUUCGAGUGGGUCAGUGGGCUGACUUCUCUACGAGUGAAAUUGCUCACUUGAUCACCAUCUUCUUCACUGAUCACAUUUCAUCUGCUUUUCCACCCAGUCAGUGAGUGUGGUUGUUAUCGUGUGUGGAGAGUUUGCUGGAUGUGGUUGAGAAACUUUUAGGAUUAAGAUAGAUGAAAGAAAGCAUGGAAGUUUUUUGAUAAUGCAACACAUCUUCUGCGUUCUAUUCAUCCUUAUAACUACAUGGACACAUAUAUCCCAUGGACAAUCAUCGCUAAUCAUCAAUGAAGACAGACCUAGUCUAAUUGACACUGUAUUACAAGUGGUAUGGGAACCCAGCAGUCUUAUUCGCUUCUGGACAGCGCUGGACCAACUUUACAACAUUGGUCUCAGCUGGCGAACAGCAGCCAAGACAUUGGUGACUCUUCCCUUCCGGGAUGGACGUUCUAUGAGUCACGUUCGAAUCCAACAGCCUCGUCGGGCACGAGGCAUGAUAAAUUCCCAAAAUAGGCAAAUUAACCUGAAUCACUUAGAGAGGUUCAACAAAAUAUAUGCGCAGAGUUCUAGUCCAUCAUUCCAUCUCGCUGCACCAUCAACCGUUUAUGAGAGUCUCGUUUUGCCUCCACAGUUCGUGUUCCCACCUCAAAAACCAAUCCCAGAUCCAAAAUUGGCUGGAAUGCCACAGUUUUUGAUGUACAAUAACGACUUGCGGCCAUUUUCUGGUUUCUAUGGUGACAAAAUGCAAUUUCAAGGUGCGGUGUCUAAACAUCCAGAAUGGUUGGUGAAAGAAAUUGCAAAAGGAAAUGGCGGAAGAGAACAAAAACCAACUAAUUUUGGAGCAGAUGGUUUGAUGAAAGUGCAAAUACCAGAAUGGUUAGUGAAAAAUAUUGAAAGAGGAAAUGGUGGCAUCGGGGUGAAACCACAUAAUUUUGAAGCGGGUAGUUCGAUGAAUGUCCCGCUUGGUGGCGCGUCUAUUCCAAGUGGUGAUCCUGAAAUACGAUUAAAAAUGUUUUUGAAACUAAUGAAAGAUUUAGGUGACAUCCACUCAAAUAAAGUGAUUUUCGAUGAAGAUAUAAAAGAAGGCAUUAGAUGAUGAAAACUUUUAUUAGUUUAAAAUUUUCUACCUUGUUUAUUCUUUUCCCAUCAUACCGGCUGAUUGUGAAAACAGUACAAAACAGCGUAAACUGCAGGCAGAUUGGAUGAGAUGAUGGAUGAUGAAAUACGAUUUCCGUUCACUGGAGCGUUGAUUCUGAAUUGUAAUCCUGAAAUUCGAUUGAAAAUGAUUUUUAAAUUUGUUUAGGAUUUAAGUGACAUUCUCACAAAUAAAUUGAUUUUUGAUAAAGACGUGAAAAAAAAAGGAAAAUUAUCAAUUGACAUUCGUUUAUUCUAUUGACACCGCAGUGAAAAAUUGUGAAAUAGUUAAGAAACCUCUAACUUUGUGGCAAAUAAUUCAUUUGUUGAACAAAUUUCAUUUCCUUAAUAUGGACGUCUAUUUCGACUUACUAAAUUUCUGAAAGAUCGAAGGGUACAAAUGUGUAAUUUACACUGCAAUAGAUUCUUUCAUGAUUUAAUAAAUUGCAUUUUU